AUGAUGACCCACCUCCACGCCGGCCUGAGCUCGGAGACGACGGAGAAGGCCCGUUUAGAGCUGAACGAGAACCCCGACACGCUCCACCAGGACAUACAGCAGGUGCGGGACAUGAUAGUGACGCGGCCGGACAUCGGUUUCCUGCGGACGGACGACGACUUCAUCCUUCGCUUCUUGAGAGCGAGGAAGUUCGACCAGACGGAGACGUUCAGACUGCUGGCCCAGUACUUCCAGUUCAGACAGCAGAACCUCGACAUGUUCCAGAGCUUCAAGGUGGAUGACCCAGGUAUCAAGCGGGCAUUGAUGGAUGGAUUCCCUGGAGUCCUGGAGACGCCAGAUCAACAUGGACGCAAAAUUCUCAUCCUGUUUGCUUCCAACUGGGAUCAAAGCAGGAACUCCUUCACGGACAUCCUGCGGGCGAUCCUCCUCUCUCUGGAGGUGCUUAUAGAAAACCCGGAGCUUCAGAUUAACGGCUUCAUUCUCAUCAUCGACUGGAGCAACUUCUCCUUCAAACAGGCGUCCAAACUGACUCCAAACAUUCUGAAACUGGCCAUCGAGGGACUGCAGGACAGUUUCCCAGCAAGGUUCGGGGGCAUCCACUUUGUAAACCAGCCAUGGUACAUCCACGCAAUGUACACCAUCAUAAAGCCUUUCCUCAAAGACAAAACCAGGAAGAGGAUCUUCCUCCAUGGCAACAACCUGAACUCGCUCCACCAGCUCAUCCAGCCGGAGUGUCUGCCCUCCGAGUUCGGCGGGACGCUGCCGCCGUACGACAUGGGCAUCUGGGCCCGGACGCUGCUGGGCCCGGACUACAGCGACGAGACCGAGUACACGCUGACCUACGACGCCCUGCACGUCCGCCACAGCUGCACCGCAGCAGGAGGAGCAGGAGGAGCAGGAGGAGGAGCAGGAGGAGGAGGAGAUAAGGACAUGAUGAAGAGGUCUCAGUCUGCGGUGGAACCAGGAACCCUCAGACAGACUGAAAGAGAGACCAACACACACUCUCUACUGGCCCUGGACUAG